GGGCAAGGUAAUUGGUCUCGACGUGAAUUUCAACAAUUCGUUAAAGCGAACGAAAAAUAUGGUCGGAAUGAUUUGGAGAAUAUCGCGAAAGAAAUCGAUACAAAAACGUUGGCGGAAGUCGAAGAAUAUUCAAAAGUUUUUUGGGAACGUCUCGACGAGCUGUCAGAUCAUGAUCGAAUCCUUGCAACCAUUGAAAAGGGUGAAGCGCGUAUUCAGCGUCGUCAAAGUAUAAAGAAAGCACUCGACGAGAAGAUUGCCAAAUAUAAAGCGCCAUUUCAUCAGUUACGUAUUCAGUACGGUACCAAUAAAGGAAAGAAUUACACGGAAGAGGAGGAUCGAUUUAUGGUAUGUCAGCUGCAUAAACUGGGUUUUGAUAAAGAUAAUGUCUACGAUGAACUGCGUCAAGCCGUUAGAGCAGNAGUUUCGUUUCGAUUGGUUCAUAAAAUCACGAACUGCGACGGUAAUUUUAUUCGUUUACUUGUUUAA